AUGGAGGAUAAAUACUUUAUAUGGGAUGAAAUAAAUGAAGGGAUCGUAUUGUCACGAGAUACAAAAAUUGAAGAUGAAAAAAAGAAAAAUAAAAAAGAAAUGAAAAUCCCUGAAUCUAAAAUCUACUGUCCACACAAGCAUUUGAAUUUCAAUUUUAAAGAAACAUUAAAUUUUUGUGAACAGAUCAAGUUUCGCAAGUGCUACCAGCGCAGGACACCUCAGCGGCAAAUGUUGAAAGACGUCGUUAUUCUUCAAGACAUUAAAGAUCUUGUUAUUUAUAUGAUCAGCACCACAAUAAGUACUGAAUUCCUGGAAUUCAUUCAUCUGAUAAUCGUCGACCGCUUCUUGCGGGCCCUUAUUCUCUACAUGCAGCAUUACCUUACGACCUGGAACGAGUUGGAGUUAAAGCGUGAGGCAGCGAGAAAGCGCUUGACUAAUCCACUUGCAGGCGGAAUUCGGGUCGUUCGAUCUCAGGAAAUGAGAAUCCUCAGGUGUUUAAUCGCAAGAGAAUACGCAGAUUUGCUUGUCGCUUGCCAAAAGGAAGCGAAGAAGUACCAUCAUGUAGGAUCAGGCAAAAUCUCGUACACCAAAUCAAAGGGCGAGAAAGAUUUAAGGAUAUUUGAGGAUUUAAUUCAGUUUGCUCAUAGAGUUGUCUGGAUUGCCUUAGAACGUAAACAGAAAGACCUGAUCGAAUUGGAAAUACAUCGGCUAUUUAGAACUGAGUCAUUUAACAUAGCAGCAAGGAAAUGUAUAGUAAAUGGUAUCGAUUGGCAAGUACCCGAGGAUGAAUAUUGGAUACUGUAUGGAGGAAAAAUGUUUAGUAAAAGAAAAAUAUUAAGAAAUUCAUCACUACCUUAUGAACUUCUUAAUAUUGACUGUGAUUAUCGUAUUUUACGUAUUGGAUUAACAAAUGUAAAGUCUCCAGAUCCUCGAAUUAUAUACUUUGAAAAUGCUCUUCUUGCAAAUGAAGAAAAUUUAUCUCGAUUAGGAGUUAAAAUAGGAAUUUUGGGUUUACCUCGAAUGGACUUUGAUUUAAUGUUAAUUCCUUUGAUAAAUGAAGAUAAGCAAGUAGCAAUUGAAGAAACUCCUAUUGAAGAAGAUGAGGAAGUUGACGAAUAUGUAAGUUUAAUACCUGUCUAUGGCUCAGAUUUGGAGUUAACCAUAUCAUUUCCCAUGGACAAAAUUAUUCCGCGAUAUGUGGGAAAUGAAAAAAUUCGUAAAGAUAGCAAAAAGAAAUGGAUAUUACGGGAAAUGAAACGCGUUUCUUCGGAUUAUACAGUAAUAAAAUCAACAUCCGCAAUAUGAAAGAGUAAUGUAAAUCCGUAAAUUAAUAUAAAAAUUGUGAUAUACAAUAGCGUUGAGCAAAUCAAAUUACAUAUUUAUCCCAGAAACUAUUACAAUUUAUUAGCAUCGCGAAUAUAUUUCGUGCAUUCACUCUGUCAUAAAUAUUUGUAUAUGUAUUUAUUCCUCUUUUUGAGUAAGUAACAACG